AUUCAACCCAAGUAUUUUCCAAGUAGAUUAUAUUUGCUUAAAUUGCUAUAGCAAUCCAAGGGACAGCCCUGCCUGGACACACAGUUACUGUGGAUUUUUAAGAGAUUCAGUUUAAGAAUUUAGGAAUUUCUGAUUCAUUUACAGGAUUUGCAAAUUCAUCAGCCCCUGAAAGCUAAAGCAAACUCAACAGGACAAAAAAAGGAACAUGGGCUUUUCAAGUCCAGUAUGUGUCCUUUUCUUCUUUCUUGGAGUCAAAGUAUAUUGCCAGUAUGAAAGUUAUCAAUGGGAUGAAGAUUAUGACCAAGAACCAGAUGAUGUCUACCAACCAGAAUUCCAAUUUCAUCAAAAUGAAGAUUAUGGAGUUCCAUUUCAUCAGCAUACUUUAGGUUGUGCCAGUGAAUGCUUCUGUCCACCUAACUUUCCAUCAUCAAUGUACUGUGAUAAUCGCAAACUCAAGACUAUCCCAAAUAUUCCAGCAUACAUUCAGCAAGUUUAUCUUCAGUUUAAUGAAAUUGAGGCUGUGACUGCAGAUUCAUUCAUCAAUGCCACUCAUCUUAAAGAAAUCAACCUCAGCCACAACAAAAUUAAAUCUCAAAAGAUUGAUCAUGGUGUGUUUGCUAAAUUGUCAAAUCUACUACAACUUCACCUACAGCAUAACAAUUUAGAAGACUUUCCAUUUCCUCUUCCUAAGUCUUUGGAAAGGAUUCUUCUUGGUUACAAUCAGAUCUCCAGACUGCAGACAAAUGCUGUGAAUGGGCUAGUAAACUUGACCAUGCUUGAUCUUUGUUAUAAUCAAAUUGAUGAUUCUACAUUACAAGAAAAAAUCCUUGCGAAAAUGGAAAAACUAAUGCAGCUUAACCUAUGUAAUAACAGAUUAGAAUCAAUGCCUCCUGGUUUGCCUUCUUCACUUAUGUAUCUGUCUUUAGAAAAUAAUUCAAUAUCUGCUAUACCAGAAAAUUACUUCAAUGAACUCCCAAAACUUCAUGCUCUAAGAAUGUCACACAAUAAACUACAAGACAUCCCAUAUUAUAUUUUUAAUCUUUCCAACCUUAUAGAGCUCAAUGUUGGACACAACAAACUGAAGCAAGCAUUCUAUAUUCCAAGAAAUUUAGAACACCUAUACCUAGAAAAUAAUGAAAUUGAAAAUAUCAAUGUCACAUUGAUGUGUUCAUCUGUUGACCCACUACAUUACCAUCAUUUAACAUACAUUCGUGUAGAUCAAAAUAAGCUAAAAGAGCCAAUAAGCUCAUACAUUUUCCUCUGCUUCCCUCAUAUACACACUAUUUAUUAUGGUGAACAAAGAAGCACUAAUGGUCAAACCAUACAACUGAAGACCCAAGUGUUCAGGAGAUUUCAAGAUGAUGUUGACAGUGAAGAUCACGAUGAUCACCAUGAAGCCCCAGAAGAAGAAGGAACAGAAGAAAACGUUGACCCUCACUAUUAUGGAAGUCAAGAAUGGCAAGAAACUAUAUAAGUAUACAUUUAUAACGUCACAAAAUCUUAUUAUUCAAUAUAAAUUUAACUAAAUAUGCAUAGUCCAUAGUAAUAUACCUGGAAUUGUGUACUAGUAUGAGAUCAGAUUGAAUUUAGGUUGUUGACAACAUUUGCAUCAUUACACAGGAUUAGAACUUACUCAAAAUGAUACAAAUCUUUAGAAAUGUAAAUUAGAAUGAUAAGUAGGAAUCAAAAACUACACUUUGAAUAUUAAAUUAUCAUCAUGUUGAGAAAAAAAGCAAGUAUGACCACUUCUAUUAACAGUAAUUUUUCUAAUAAUGAUGAAAGACGUAGUGUUAGAAGCUAAGAACUGUAAACCAUGUGCUUCAAAUCACUAUGAGCAUAGUGUUUAAAUGCCAGAAGGUUAUAUUAAUGUAACAGCAGCUACUCAUUUAAGGAAUAGACUAUUUUUCUGACCUAAUGUCCAGAAAAGCUUUCACACUUGUAUUUGAAUAUCAUCACCAUGACAGCCACCGCCCUGGUCCUACCACUUAGAGCACAGAAUGAUAUUCUUGAUUUUCAAAAGAAGCUACCGUACUAAGGAUCCAAGGCACACAGACUUAUGAAAUCAACUAGUCUUGUUUUUCUCUCAGAGCACGAAAGCAACAAAUAUUUAAACCCUGUAUUUGGACACCUAAAAAACACCAAAUCAUCUUAUCACAAUUCGUAUUUUAGCAAAUUUCAGCAAUUGUACAAAACAAUCUUGACUGCGUUCCAGUGUUUCUAUAGUAAAUUCACUAGAGAAAGGUUUUAGUUACGUAAAGAUUUGCUAAUAAAUAACUGCUCUGUUCACAAGGUUAAGUUAAUGUUAGCACAAGAAAGUAUAUCAACAUAAUUAAACACUUCUAUUUUCCUAGCACAAUAUAUUAGAAACAUAUAUGUAUAUCAGUCAAUGUUUAUUUACACAGUGUUAAAGUUGAAUAGAGUUCCUUUGAAAUUUGAAUGACAGGCUUUGAUAUCUUCUUUAAAUCCUUAAAAAUCAUAUAUCAUUUUGAAGCAUUUUAAGUAUGCCUUAUAAUGAAGUAUAACUUCUAUGAUGAACUUUCUUGAUUUACCAGGCUAAUAUUUCACAGAAUUCCUCAGAUAAGGAAUAAACACAAAUCUGGAACUGCCUACACAGGAAACCCCUCAAACAAACAGUAACAAUUUAAACAGUAUGCAAAAAGACAAAUUAAAACUAUAUUUUAAAAGCAGUUUUCUAGUGCUGAGUCUAUUUUUCUGGAGAUGACAGUUUAAAAUGAAGCCUCUAAUGCUCUUUGUAUCUUUGAGUAGGUUAUUAGCAUGUAGCAGAAACAGAACACCCACAUGUCCCCAGGGACAAGCUCAACAACCCAGAAUGAACAUGAACAACAUUCUAUUCAUUCAUUCAUUUAAUUAACAUUCAGCAAGUCUUUUGGUAUGCAGGGCUUAGUAAUGAGAAGUCAAACAGAAUACAUAUGUGCACCUGUGACGCUAUGAGACACAGGUGUGAGGGUAAAGGUAAGAGCAAAACGUUAGUGAUGUGGGUAAAGCACAUUUUCCAAAGAGGUAAAAAACUUUAAGGACCAUCUCCCCCUUUAUUGAAAUUUUUUAAAAUAGGGUUAUAAAUUUAAACAUUUAUUAUGAGCUAAUAUGUGGAAAAUACUGUGGGUGUUUUAGGAGACCAGAAAGAGAAGACUAUUUCUUACCCAGAACAAUUUAAAAUUUAAUGAGGAGCCAUCAGGAAAAUGCAAAUCAAAACCACAGCAAGAUACUCCUUUACAUUCACUGGAUGGCUAUAAUCAAAAAGGCAGACAAAUAAUAAGUAUUAAUGAGGAGGUACAGAAAGUGGAAUCCGCUGGUGACGAAGUCAAAUGGUGCAGCUGCUUUGGAAAGCAGUCUGGCAGUUCUUCAAAAAGUUAGUUACCUAUGAUCCAACAAUUCCACUCCUAGAUAUAUACCUAAGAGAACUGAACACAUAUGUUCACACAAAAACAUGUACACAAAUGUUCAUAGCAGCAUUAUUCAUUAAUAGCCAAAAAGUGGAAACCACUCAAAUGUCCUUCAGCUGAUGAAAGGAUAAACAAAAUGUGGUAUAUCCACACAAUGGAAAAUUAUUCAGCCAAAAGAAGGAAUGAAGUACUGAUACAUGUUACUACAUGGAUGAACCAUGAAGACAUUAUGCUAGUGAAAAGUCAGUCACAGAAGACCACCUAUUGUAUGAUUCCAUUUAUAUAAAAUGUCUAGAAGAGGCAAAUCUAUAGAGACAGAAAGAUUAUUGGCUGCCUGGGGUUGGGGGGCAGGAGAAUAAAGGGAAACUGGGGAGCGACUGACAAUGGAUAGAGUCUUUCUUUUGGGGGUGAUGAAAAUAUUCUGAAAUUGAUUAUAGUGAUGAUUGUACAAGUUUGGAAAUACUAAAAACUAUUGAAUUGUACACUUUAAAAAAGUGAAUUGCAUGA